AUGGGUAAACAUUUUGGAGAACUUGCCAAAAUACGAGGGUUGAUAACUUAUAAGCUAUCUCCAUACGAGCAAAGAGCUUAUGCUGGAGCAAUAUCAAAUGGCCUGCCCAAUCUCUUCCGCAGAUUCCGUGCAAAUGUUUUCAGAGUAGCGCCCCCUUUCAUUAUUGGAUACUUAGUUUAUGAUUGGGCAGAGAGGGAACACCACAGACUUUCCAGGAAGAACCCAGCUGAUUUUGAAAAUGAUGUUUAA